AAGCCAUCCUUAUAUAUUAACCUAAACUCUCUCUCCCACGCCUCCCUUCAACUCCACGGCGCAGAUCCGAGGAGUUUGGGAAACCCUAAUUCUAUCAUUCUCUCGCAUCUCUCUCUCUCUCUCUCUCUCUCUCUCUCUCUCUACCCACAGUCAUGGCAGGUUUGGCUCCGGACGGUUCACAAUUUGAUGCUAAGCAGUAUGACUCUAAGAUGAACGAAUUGCUUACUGAUGGACAAGAAUUUGGCGUCGAAUAUGAUGAAGUCUAUGAUACUUUUGAUGCAAUGAAAUUGGAAGAAAAUCUUCUUAGAGGCAUAUAUGCUUAUGGUUUUGAGAAGCCCUCUGCAAUUCAGCAAAGGGGAAUUGUUCCUUUCUGCAAAGGUUUAGAUGUGAUUCAGCAGGCUCAGUCUGGAACAGGGAAGACAGCAACAUUCUGUUCUGGAAUUUUACAGCAGCUUGAUUAUGGAUUGGUUCAGUGCCAGGCUUUGGUUUUGGCACCAACAAGGGAGUUGGCACAGCAGAUUGAGAAGGUUAUGCGUGCUCUUGGUGAUUACCUUGGUGUUAAGGUUCAUGCUUGUGUUGGUGGAACCAGCGUUCGUGAGGAUCAGCGUAUUCUCCAAGGUGGUGUCCACACUGUUGUGGGCACUCCUGGACGUGUGUUUGACAUGCUGCGACGACAGUCUCUUCGGCCAGAGUACAUUAAAAUGUUUGUUUUGGACGAGGCUGAUGAAAUGCUUUCACGUGGUUUCAAGGACCAGAUCUACGACAUCUUCCAGCUUCUGCCUCCCAAAAUUCAGGUUGGAGUGUUCUCUGCUACAAUGCCACCCGAAGCCCUGGAGAUCACAAGGAAGUUCAUGAACAAGCCAGUGAGAAUCCUGGUAAAGCGUGAUGAAUUGACCCUUGAGGGUAUCAAGCAAUUUUAUGUCAAUGUUGACAAGGAAGAGUGGAAACUGGAGACAUUAUGUGACCUUUAUGAGACACUGGCUAUCACUCAGAGUGUCAUUUUUGUGAACACAAGGCGCAAGGUGGACUGGCUCACUGACAAAAUGCGAGGGAAUGACCACACUGUCUCAGCCACCCAUGGAGACAUGGACCAAAACACUCGUGAUAUCAUCAUGCGUGAAUUUCGCUCAGGCUCUUCUCGAGUUCUCAUUACCACUGACCUUUUGGCCCGUGGUAUUGAUGUUCAACAAGUGUCUUUGGUGAUAAACUAUGAUCUUCCUACUCAACCUGAAAAUUAUCUUCAUCGCAUAGGGCGAAGUGGUCGUUUUGGUAGAAAAGGUGUUGCAAUAAACUUUGUCACAUUGGAUGAUGCAAGAAUGCUUUCUGAUAUUCAGAAGUUCUACAAUGUGACCGUAGAGGAGUUGCCUUCAAAUGUUGCUGAUCUACUCUGAUGAAUUAAUUUUUGUUCUCUGUUAAUUCAUCAGGGCUUUUUAGUUUUUGACAAGUGCUAUUUUAUGCCUACUCUUCUUUUGCAAUUUUUACCCAUUAGAGUUCAAAGACAUCUGACUCUAUUUAUAAUGGAUUCUAUGAAUUUUGUUUAAUUGCUUAAUUAGUGGGUUUUUUUUGUGAUCUGUA